AGGUUGCCUCAGAGAACUGUAAUCGAUCACAAUUUUGGGCGUUUCAAGAUUCUUGUUGCGUGCAUUUGAUAUACUAGUUGCAGUGUAGUUCAUGGUGAGGCAUCGUAUAAUUGUGAUUAGGAAGUGAACUCCUUGGCUCAAAGCGCCAUAUUCUAAACUAAGAUAUUUUAAUAUGAUGAGGCCGGGUUAUCGAUUGUUUGCGUUUGUGAGCUCUCAUUGGAAUCCGCUUUCUAGCGAAAAGGAAAUUAUCCAAGUCUGACAUCAAUUGACUUCAACUAUUGUUUACGUUUGAGCUUCCAACGCCUUUGUCAUCGCGACAUAUAAUUGUGUGAUUUAGAAUAUAAUGGUGAGUUGGGACGAGGUAGAGGCGAGUCUGUCUGUUAAGUUCACAUGGCACACGCCGUCUGGCAAGUAAUAUUUUAUCUGUUUUGUCUGAAGUAAAUUUCAAGUACAUAUUACAGUUACAGAAAUUUUUAAUUUGAGGUUAAGUAGACGUAAUCCGUUCCCCAUAGUGCAGUGCGUUUUAGGUAAAGCAUAUUUCGUUAUCGCACUUGAACGUAGAAAAUGUAACAUUUUAUGACUCCAAAUUUAAUCGGUGAUCACGUGAGAAUAUGAUAUAUUUGAGGUUGCAGCUGAAAAUGUUGUUAAAAGUUUUUAUUUGGUCCUGAAUUUAAAAUCUGCGGAUUUUAAUUUUAGUUUAGGAUUAUAAUAUAUAUUAUAGAUAUGAAUGAACAUACAUGCGAAAUAUGCUCAAAGAAAUUCACAGUGAGAGGCCGAUUGCUGAGGCACCAGCAGUCUGUACACAAUAAACUAAGACACAAAUGUCGUGAAUGUGGGAAACUAUUUACAAGGUCUGACGCUCUGAAGAGGCAUUGUAUAAGAUUUCACAGAUGUCCAAAAAGAUGGUCUUUUCCCCAAUCUUUCGAGGACAAAAUCACAAAUUUAACAGCUUCCAGCGAGAACGCCUCGAUAGCCAUAGAGACUAAAGUUGACGAAAGAAUCUCUCCGCCCGCGUUGAUAACUAUUGACUCGCAAAUAAAUAAUUUUCCGGGAAGAGUAAAACGAGAAACAAUAGAUAAACCUCUUGAGCAAACUAUUACAGCCACGUGGGCUUCGAAACUUCAUGACAUAAGCUCAGAAUCCAACAAGAAGAAACACUCAGAAAGUCAAAUUCCCGAAAAACACUUUCCUCCGGAAUCAGUGACAGAAACUCUUGAAUCAGGUUCACGAAAAAUAACUCAAGUAAUCUACCGUGUUCCUCCAUACACUCUAGCAAUCUUAAAAGUUUUGGAAAUUUACGGAAGUACUGAUGAAUUCAAAAGCACCAUACCGCACCUCAAGAAAUAUUUUGUAAGGGACAACUGGACGUCCAUCAAUUUCAGCGACAUCAAAAAAGAAGACGACUCCACCAAACGGACAUUAUUACGCGACAUCAAACACUUUCUAAUACAUCUCAUUAAGAACAAAUACGAUUAUUUGGAGAAAAUAGUUCCCGCAGUAUUUUGGUUCGAAGAGUUUUUGAAACUCCGAGACGAGUUGUAUUAAAUGUUUCCAUCAUUAAACUACUUGGAUUGAGUUGAAUUGAUUGUUGUUGAAUUUGUUCUUUUUCGUUUGUGUGUUUCGUGUUUCUAAUAAACUAAAAAUAUGAAAAUUCUAGUUCAAA